CUACCCCUUUCAAGUUAAUCUCAACCACCAUCACCACGGCACCAACAACAUUUCUGACUCUCUCACUCCAAAAAAAAGAAGAAGAAUGGCAGCGAACAUGGCUACUGCAUCAACCGUGAUAGGCUUGAGCAGUUCCUCAUUCUCACCAAAGAGGACAUGCCUCUCUUCAGGCUUUGUGAAGCCUAUUGCGGUUGGUAACCCUCUGAGGCAAGCCAGGGCUUCUGGAGGAAGGUUCACAUGCAACUUCCAGAGAGAUUGGCUGCGGAGGGAUCUGAAUGUGAUUGGAUUUGGGUUGAUCGGAUGGUUGGCGCCAUCGAGCAUACCGGCAAUCGACGGCAAGAGUUUGACAGGGCUCUUCUUUGAGAGCAUUGGAACUGAGCUUGCUCACUUCCCCUCACCUCCUGCUCUCACCUCUCAGUUUUGGUUGUGGCUGGUAACAUGGCACUUGGGGCUUUUCAUCACCCUUACUUUUGGGCAGAUUGGAUUCAAGGGGAGGACUGAAGAUUACUUUUGAAUUUGAUCCGUUUUGGGUUAUGUAAAAUCUAUGCUUAAUGUUCAAUUAUCUCAAUACUUCCUUUCCUUUCAUCUCCAAGUGUAACUGCAAACUUCAUUAUCUUGAAUUAAUAUGGUGUACUCCCGAUGUAAAUAAAUAUUCUAGUCAGGCUAUACUGACAAAAGGUCUAUUUAUAUUUUCUUCUUAA